CUGGGGUAUAGACAGGCAGUACGAACGCAGAGCACGAUGGGUUUAUGUUAGGAGAUUAGGGCGCCGCGAAGGGGGGGAAGCAUAUGCCUUUGUCAUCUGCUGUCAUUUUGUUCGCUUGCCUGUCACUCGCCAAGCACCCUGCGACUGUGUGCUGCCUGGACGAUUUCAUUUCAUAGUCGAGCACUGUUGUGACAAACGCGGUUUUACAUCACCGUGUGGCGCUGGGUGAUAGCGGACCCGUGAUUCUCUCUCUCGCUCCUUUUUUUCCCCCAUUCUGUGUUCGUGCGCGCGGACGAGGUGGGAUUGUUACACAUAACAAAAGAUAGCCACCCUCGGUGAGAAAACGGAGAACGUGCGUGCAUACAGCUGGCUGAUUGCUCACUUGGCCAUUAUAGCGAGAUAAUCCAUCCAUCGGGUGAAUUUAGGAUUCUGGGUUCGGACCGAUCUCUUGUUGCAUGGUGGUUCGGGCUCCCGACGAGGGUCAACAAAUGCAGAAAGGGGAGAAAAGUUUCGGUAUACAAAUGCUCUCCGUCCAGCCGGACACCAAGCCAAAGGGCUGUGCCGGCUGCAACCGGAAGAUUAAGGACCGAUAUCUGCUCAAGGCCCUGGAUAAAUACUGGCACGAGGACUGUCUCAAGUGUGCCUGUUGUGACUGCAGGCUGGGAGAGGUGGGCUCCACGCUCUAUACCAAAGCCAACCUCAUCCUCUGUCGGAGAGAUUACCUACGGUAA